AUGUCCUUCCAGCGCUUCUACGAGUCGUGGUUCGACGAGCUCCGCGGCCUCGUGCAGCAGCUCCGCCAGGCCCUGGUCCCCCCGGCCACCGAGGAGCACCGCGCCCUGCUCCGCCAGCUGGUCGGGAGGGCCGUAGCCCACUACGCCGAGUACUACCGCUCCAAGGCCGCCGCCGCCCGGGCCGACGUGCUCGCCUUAUUCGCCGCCCCGUGGACCACCACCCUCGAGCGGUCCCUCCACUGGAUCGGCGGCUGGCGGCCCACCACCGCCUUCCACCUCGUCUACACCGAGUCUAGCAUCUUGUUUGAGUCCCAUGUUGUCGAUAUUCUCCGAGGUCACCACACUGGCGACCUCGGGGAUUUGUCGCCUGGGCAGUUCCGACGCGUCAGCGAGCUGCAGAUCGAGACCGUGCAGCUCGAGAACGACAUCACCGACCAGCUCUGCGACUGGCAGGAUGAGGCGACUGAUAUAGUCGGAAUCAUGUACGCCGGCGUGGAUGGGAAGAUGGAGAAACUAUCGGUGAUUCUGGGGAAGGCGGACGAGCUGCGGCUGAAGACGAUAAAAAACUUGGUGGAGCUGCUGACGCUGCAGCAGGCGGCGGAGUUCUUGGUUGCAGCCGCGGACCUCCAGUUCGGGAUCCGCGCUUGGGGCAUCCAGCAAGAUCGCCGCCGCGCCGCCGCCGCCGCUCAUAAAUAG